GUACAUUUUUACGAGAGGCUGUGUCUCCUUCAAGAAACAGGAGACUGAGAUCAAGUACGUUUUCUUCUCUUUCAUAUCAUAAUCAUUGAACUUCUACGCAAGAAUCGCAUAUAGGAAUUUUCCACGACAUUGAUGUUUUAUAUUUUUUGUUCGACUAUUUGGAUUUAAAUUUUUGAAAAGCCGUUGUAGGUGGAGCUGCACCCUUUCACUUCGUGGGUGUUUAACUCUGAAUUUGAAUUUCAUGAUCGAAAUUUAGCCAUUAGUAAAAGCCUACUUCAUACAUUAUUUCUCCCACGGCCACGACCUGAAAAAGGAAAACAAAAAGCCAAGAUGUUGAAACUGCGUUCAUUUUUGGCGGCUUACCUCUACAACUUUUUCCUCUCCGGCGAGGGGAAAGUUAAUACUACGUCGAUUUUCGGCAACCACGGCGGCAACGGCAACGCGUCGUUUUCAACAUCGACCUGGUGCGCGGAGGCUGCAAAGACGACAAGGUCCUCUCGACGUGAUGCUGAUGAUCCUCCUGUAGCUGACGAUGUUUCAGCCGGAAACAAUGACACAGUUUUUAGUACCACGAAUGAUCUUCAUUCAGGAACAAGAUCUUCGCGAGAGGGACCUCAAAAUGCACAUGAAAUUGAUUUGUUCCACAACGUGGACAAUGACGCAGCGGAGAACAACACCAGGUUCUAUUCUCACAUAGCGGAAGUUGUCUACAACUCUUCGGCAACGGCACCUGACACCUCAUUUCAUUUUCGUCGCACAGAUGAUAUUGACCUGGUGGAUCCGCGGCCUCCAAUUUUCAAAAUAGAAGAAGAUCUUCCUGCUCAACACAAUACUGGCCCCCACGUUGUACUAGGAGGGGGUCAUGAAGUACAUCAUGAUCUUGGCCCUGAUCCUCGACGACGUACCGUGACCUUUCAGCUCCAAAGUCCCGACGAUUUUCCAAGCUUAGAAACAGUUGCACGUCAAGCCGGAGGUGGUGCUUCGUCUACUGCGAAGAAGAGUACUACUUCUAAACGUGCGCAGCUGCCUCGCGCACCAGCUCCAUCGCCUGUUAGGAACAAGCCCUGGAAGAGAGAGGGAAUAAAGAAAGAAUUGGAUGCGGCACGUCGAAGAAUCACCAGAAUAAAAGAAGAACGACCAGCAAGAACAUCUUCAUCCGGUCUACAGAACAACUACAAAGGUAGUAGAUGGGAUAGUGACAAAGCAAAAGCUGCGCCCACCAGUGGGUCGUCCUCGUCGUCGUCCACCAACAUAAGUCCUAGUCGUUCUACAUCUACUAGGCUCAACAAUACCAUUUCUAGUCCUGCACCUCCUGCUACGACACCAAAGCAAGAUCAGCUGGAAGUAGUAGAUGUUGGUGCGAGUGCGAGUAGUAGUGCAAGGAGGGGCGCAGAUGCCACAUCAUUCUUUGGAGCUCCUGCUGCUGGUGCACGAAAAGAAACCGUCACCAUCUCCGAUAAGAAAGCAGGACCACGAGGACUACGACAAGCUGCACCUCCUGCGUUUAAUGUUUUAUCGAGUGGAGGUGCUGAUGUUGGCCCGGGGGCGUCUUCUUCUCGUACCAGUACCACCGCUGUAUCAUUUCCGAUUCCGGAACAACCGGCGCUGCGCCUGCGCGGCGAACGAGGAAACCACACUGCAGCUUCUGAGGUGCUGGCCAGCACGACAACUACAGCGGAGCAGUCGACGCCUACUUCAGGUGUACUAGGUGUGCAGAUGAUGAAUAUGUCUUCCGUACCUCCACCGAGCUAUUUCAAGUUCAAACCCGGCGCCGGCUCUUUCAUACCGCACGCCCGCGUGCAGCUACAGGAAGAUUUAGUACCUCCUCAAGACCUACCGGCUAGCGAGAUGAAUGCCGAGAAGUCCUCUCCUGAGGCUGACUCCACGGGGUCCUCGAGUACCCCGCCAGGGGUAGAAGAGGAAUUUUUCCACACCCCCGAAUUUGUCGCCACCGUGCACGAAUUUCUCCGUAACUUCCCGGUCGACAACGCGAAUUUUGCCGCAGCUUUGAAGAGCGGAAACGCGGAAUGGCCGGAAAAGUUGAGGAAGGAGAUGAAAAAAGAACACGAUGAGGGCAUUUGGCCCCUGGUGAACCAACUGUUGUUAUCCUACCCGAAUGAAGUAGAUUUAGAUCAACUUCCACAUGCGGAAAGAACUAACGGAAUUUUAAACGAGGACCAGCUUGGAGGAAGAAGCGCACCAUCCCAGAGCAUCACUGAAACGUCAAGUUCGUCCGCAUAUCAACUGCAAAAGUGUCUGGGUCUGGAAAAGUUGAACUUGUAAUGCGUGUCAUGCAUUCCUGGAAAAUCUGUGUUGCAUGAGCAGCAAAACAGAGGCUUUCUGUGUCAUGCAAAAACGCAAUUUGUAAUGCGUGCUAGGCAUCAGCAGGCCUCUCAAAAACUUGUCAUGCUUGGCUACCAUUGGAAGCGCUUCAAUCAUGCGCAAUUCAGCAUCACAAGUUUCCAGACCCAGACAUUUUUACAUUUGAUACCGCAGCGGGUCACUUCCACGGAAGUCUAUCUCCUUCCGAUAAUCCCUGGUCGUCGUCAUCCACCUCCUCGUCGGGCCACACUGCGUGGGCUGCGCCGCGCCGGCCAGGAGUUGCAGAAUCUGUGUCCUCCGCAGGAACACCACCUGGUGGACAAAAUCAAUUUGCCGACCGUCGCGAGGCGGGUGGAGGGGGUCCCAGUAGUACAAUGAGCGGAGGUCGUGCAAGAAGUGGUCGUCCUACUCAAGCACUAUCCUCCCUCACGCAAGACUUCCGCGAAAAGAUGCAACUUUCGAGAGCCAAAGGGGGCCGCGGGUACUGGUCCCCCCUCCCUGAUUGGGCGGUGGAGAAAUUGCAUGGCGUAACGGACUUUGAUAUCGCCGACGAGGAGGCAGCCGAACACGAGUCUUCCCGAGCCUUUCAAGAUAUGCGCCAGUGGAAGCUCCACGAAACGCAGCGCCGGUUUGAGAAGGACACGGCUUUGUACCGAGAAAUCAGGAAGCGGCUCGCGCUCCCAUUAUCGGUGGAGAAAAUGAACAAGUUUCUGCAGCGUUUGUUUGACAAAUCCCAAGACGUGCUGUACAUCAAAACCGAAAUCGGGGACCGGCGGCGCAGGAAGGCGACUAGAAUAAACCAGGAGAAAAUUAUCGGUACGGACUACGCGGUGCGGAAAAAAAUCUUUGAGAACUUGUUGAAAGACGUCUUUUUCUCCGAGGAAUGCGAGAAUCGGGAGCAGGCGGCCCUGGAUUUUUUCCAAAUGACCCCCUCCAACGACCCGGCGAGGCCGCGGCAGUUGCGGCUUUCCUUGAUCACCCCCGGCAAAGCCGCCGCGGCCACACGCACGCUAGCGAUGCAUGACAAUAGUGCAGUCAUGCGAGGAGCUGCACAACUACUGCAAGCGCAAUACCAAUAUCCGCCGCAGAUGGUCUUCCUCGACCCCAUCACGGGAGCAGUGGUAGCACCCCAGAACUACGGGAUCGAUGGUCUUGGUACAACAAGUGGUCGUCCUGCUGGAUUUGCGCUACAGCUACCACCAGAACAUCAAAACCUACUCCAGCAUCCACGAGGACAGCAAUACCCCACCAGUACCGGCGCACAACCACAACCAGUGAAGAUAAAUCUGGGUGUGCAACUAGAAAAAGAAACUUUGGACGAGAUCGUGAUGACCAACGGCCAACCCUUUAGUGAGCCGAGGUCGGGCUAUCAAAUGCAAAAAUGUCUGGGUCUGGAAAUUUGUGAUGCUAAUUCAUGAAUUGUGGGGACACUGCUAUAGGCAGCCACGCAUGGCAAGUUUCUGGGCGCCUUUGUGUUUCGCUUUCCGCAUGACAAACUACAUUUUUGCAUGACAGGCAGGAGGCUCUUGUUUUCCUGCUCACGCAUUGCAGGUUUAAGACUCAUGUGAGUCAAGCAUGACAAACUUGCGUCCUUCCAGACCCAGAUACUUUUGCAGUUGAUACGGGCCAGCCGAUAACCAUGCAUCUCGGGUUGACGUUCAAUCGCCAAAACGGGCAGUUUAUCCUGUGCAAAAGUAUCGUACUCGUAUUGCAAUCAUGCAUUACAAAUUUUUUUUUUAAAGGUAAAUCCGCAUUACAAAUUUUAUUUCUCAUGCUGAGGGAAUUUGUCAUGCAUUUACACGAAUACGAUACGUUUGCAGUUCAUACAGUUUGUGGGGCUUUACCUGCUUUUCAAAUCCUUGAAAAGUCGGAUACGGAUACGAGUGGUGAGGGUCAUGACAGAACAAGGUGCUAGUACUACUUCCCGUACGGAUGUUGAACAACAUCAUGAAGCUGCAGGUGGUGGUGGUAAAAAUGAUGCCACAACUACAUCUAUCCUGUGCAAAAGUAUCGUACUCGUAGUAUUGCAAUACAAAUUAGCUGAGCAUGACACAUGAUAUUUGUCAUGCUGUUUUACCUUGGAGAGAAGAUUUAUCAUGCAUAAUUGCGAUUACUAUGAGUACGAUACUUUUGCAAUUCAUAACAUCGACCCCCCAGAUCCGGACGGAAAUCAUGUUUACCGAGCCUCCAGUGUACGUAUCAAAUGCAAAUAUGUCUGGGUCUGGAAGGUUGGAAGACUUGUCAUGCAGGUUUUCCAUGACACGUGAGGGCUGUCAUACAUGACCCAGCAUGACAAAUUCUGUCCGACCUCUAUCAUGCCUCGUCUGCAUGAGAAACUCCCUCUCAGCUUGGUGAAAAGUGCGCUGUAGCUUUUGGUAUUCAUGCAACGCAGAUUUUUGCACUAUCCAGAAUUAGCAUGACAAGUUGCAACCUUCCAGACCCAGACAUAUUUGCAAUGCAUAGUACGGGCUUGGUGGCAACUUGAAUGAGGAAAACACGCAAGCCGUUUUGGACCGGGAGCGACUCUAUUGCGCGAGGAGUUUCUAAACAUGCCGAUAAGCCGAUUUACCUAUGCAAUAGAAAUACUGGAGAGGAAGUAGAGGGCUGCCGCGGUGCAUGAAUUGACGGAAAGUCGCUUUUGGCUUUACAACCGGGGAUAGUACUAGUAUGGAGGGAAGGAGCUGCAACUACGGGGGGACGGGGCGAUAGGCAUGCGCUGAAGCUACUAUUUAUAUUUUAAGAUUGCUUUUUUUUCCUCAUUUUAGUAUUUCCUUGCGCCACAUGAAAAUCUGAAAAUGAAAUAUUCCUCUGUGCGCCACUGCAUAGAAUAAGAAGAACAAGAGCGUAAAGAGAAAAAUGAACGCACUAUCAGAUAAAAUGGAGGAGAAUACUUCCAGGCUGCUGCGGACGUGCCAAAGUAUAUCUGGUGCUGCAGCGCCAGGCAGUGCUUCCCUACAUGCUAUACAAGUACAACUGUGGAUACAUACAAAAAAUCCUGAACAUGUUUCGACUUACCAUUAACACUGUGUAUGAUUUGUGUGCAGCUACAGGAGGUUCUUGGCGAAAAGUCGUCUAUUACUAUUUUACGUUGUCUGUAAAAAAAUAAAAAACCUAAAUAAACUAUAAAAAAAAAAGCCACGUGGUUGGGAUAUUAACGACGACUAGCACAUGCACAGGGAGACCCAUAUGGAGGCAGGAUCUCAUGGGACCCACGCCGAUAGACAUCAGUCAGCACUUAAUAUGGUUUUACUGAAAAAGAAAACGAUGGCGACAUACUGUCGCUAGAAAGACGGAAAUUUGAGGUUUCCUUGGCGACGAAUGCUUUACAUACGACCAUAUCAAGGAAAGCAACUUGUGUCGUGCAGUCCCUACCUAAACAUAAACUUACGUGAGUGGCAC